AGUAAUCGGAAACGUCAUUGAUCUGUUCAGACGUUCAGUGUUCAAUCAAAGAAAAUAAAAAUAUUGUUGACUUCUUUGUGAAAUGUAUUAUAAAUAACGCCAAAAUGUUCUUCAAAACAUUAAUUUAUAAAAUUAUUUUUAGUGUAGUAUUGACUAGUAGUUAUGCGAUAAGUGAUAUGACUGAGAGUUCUUUCGGAAAACACAAAGAAGGUGUUAUAGCUGCGUUUGGAGAUUUCAACUCAGAUGAAUUAACUGAUGCCUUUGUUAUUAAAAAUUUCUCAAGCGUGGAUGUCUAUUUAGCUUACGAUAAGGAGCCGUUCUUGAGGCCUUCGACAUAUUCUUGUAAUUUUAGUAACAUAAUCAUAACAAGUGUUGUGCCAGGCGAUUUUGACGGAGAUGCUUACAUGGACAUAUUGUUGACGACACAGAGUGUGAAUGAUACUUCUAAUUUACAUACGGUAAGAAUAUUAUGGGGUGGAGAGUCUACUUUAAACUGCUCUGAUGCUUUGUUUAUAAAGGCUAUCUCAGUAGGACAGCCAUUAGUAAUUGAUUAUAACAGAGAUAUGAUACUGGACCUUUUUGGAAUGAAUACACAAAACCAAAGAGUUUUUUGGGUGUUUGAUGAGACAAGGACAACACCAGCUGAGAAGCAAAUGGGAGAUGACUUGUUCAAGAUGAUAAAACUGCCACAUUCACACUCAUUUUUGGAUGUUAAUGAAGAUGAUGCUGCAGAUUUGCUUGUUACAACUACAACUAAUGUUGAAGUAUGGCUGAAUGAUGAAAUAGAAGGGUUCAGAUUUAACAAUAGUAUUGAACUACUUGUAGGCCAUCCAACUAUUUAUGGUCAAGCAUUGUUUCUAGAUGUUGCUCUCUCUGGUCAAUUCUUUUUAGUUAUUCCUGUUUGCUAUGAUUUUCAAUGUCUCAAUAGUACUAUAUUGAUUUAUGAUAAUCAAAAGUGGCAUGACCUUCAAGUGGACUUUAAUGAUGGCAAGGGAACAUUAUGGCGGUUUGUGCCACCAAGAGAUGAGAUUUAUUUAGAUACUAUCACUAUGAGAAGUGGAGAUUACAAUAUGGAUGGCUACCCAGACAUCUUGAUGACACUGAGUCCUGUGAAUUCUAAUGAAACCAGGGCUUUCCUACUUCACAAUAUUCCGUGCAACUUGCCAGGUUGCAAGUUUUAUAGAACAUUUGAAGUACAGUGGGACAGGUUUGAUUCCUUUGGCAAAGAUGUUAUAAUGGCCACCUUUUACGAUUUCUACAUGGAUGGUGUACUUGAUAUUAUAUAUGUCAAGAAAAAUUCAACCACACUGAAACAUACCAUGCAUUCAUUUAGAAAUGAAUUAGAAUAUGACACAAAUUUCAUUAAAGUUAUUGUCGUUACUGGAUUGACUAAUGAAAAACUGCCAGUAAAUAAUAGAACUUUGUACAACAGAAAAGUCACAUUUGGCACCAAUCUGCCAGGCCCUAAAAUAGGGUACAACACAUGGUCCCAAGAGGGCACAUACAGGACAGGUGUUUGUGCACAACUGUCACAGUCUGCAUAUUUUUCGCUACAGUUACCAUACUCCAUUUUUGGCUUGGAUCGCACUCCCAAUUUUGUGGACACUUUGAAUGUAGGCCUUUCAGGUUAUUCCAAAAGUUGGACUCAAAUUAUACCAAAUUCUCAGAUAGUUGUAAUACCAGCACCACCCAGUGACCCUUCACAGUGGAAGGCUCAACUGUUUGUUACACCUAGCAAAGUAAUUCUUAAAAGUGUAUUUGUAUUGACUGCUAUCAUAGUAAUCAUUACUGGAUGUGUCUUGUACUUGCAUUGGAAAGAAAGAAACGACAGGCAGGACAUAAUAGAAAUUGAUGAAAAGACUUAUGUUAAAAUUUGAUACUUUAUAGGUACCUGAUUUAAUGUGUAAUCAUUAGGUAUAAUUAUGAUUUAUAGUAUUUAAGACAACUCAGGAUAAAGUGACUGAAAUAUGGAUAACUGGAUUCUUCAAAUUUUCACAUAGCUCAAUGUUAUUAUUGUAUGGCUACCUUAUUGGUUGAGUGGUUGCUGGUGCGACUGCCGUAAAGUAUUAUAUGUAUUAUUUAUCAUGUUAGUUUUUUGGUUUACGAAAAUUCAUGGUAAUAGCCUGGAUUCUAAAAUGCCAGUGUAUGGCAAUAGGUUCACAAGAUACAUUGUUGGUAAAAUGUAGGUAUGUAUGGUGCUUGUGCACCUCUACCUACCUUUGGUGAUUAAAAGAUGUGAUGUUUACAAAAGCACCUCAAGUAACAAUUUGUUAUUUUAUACCUUCAGCAUAACAGAAUCAGAUUUAUACAUACAACUAUGUUUUCGUUUCACAUUAGCUGGUAAGUGUAUUAUUAUCAUUCUGCUGUAACUUCUGUAAUCAUAUACUUUGCUUAUUAUUUCCUACAUUUCUUUAAAUACAUAAUGGAUGAAAUAUUUGAAAACAUUGUUACACUUAUAAGAUUGCCUAUUAGAUCACUCUGGUAUAUAGAUAUCUGGGUCAAUAUUGGGUAAUUGCAUCUGUUGAAGUGUAUUAUAUAAGUCAAUUAAACUAAUUACAAAAAAAUAUCUCAAUAUUUAUUUUAAAAAAUAUAGAAAGAAAUAUGUUAAAGUUUGCACACCUGUAUAAUAUUUUGUUAUAUAUUUUUUCUUUAUAAGUUAAUUAAAAUAAAUGCUAUAAUUAUAUGUUAAGGAUGUUAUUGAUCAAGUUUCUGUGAUAUCAUUGUUGAAUCUAUAGUUUGUGUGAGAAAUAAAAAUGUUUGAUAUUAUA